CAAAAAAAAGCAGGACUGAUGUUGUUGUCAUUCGUCCUUUUUUCUCACUUGUUGCUUUGUAUUGAAGUCGCGUUUUCCACUUUGUUCGGUCUUUCACUCUGAGUCAUGCCGAUUGCAGAUGCGACUGCGAUGGGCCAGGCAGUGGUCAACAUUGAGUAUGACGCUGCGUUGGCCCGUUUAAAACCAGCCUCGUCCUUGUCCGUUUCAUCUGCUGCUGCUGCUCCUACGACUGCCGCUGCUCCUACGGCUGCGCCAGUCGUGCGUUGCUGGCUGUUCAUUGCAAGCGAGGUCGCGCUCUUCCCGUCCGUCGCUGGGCUUCCCAUUGCGGAGGGUCUUCGACACGAGCAAAGCCGCAUUGAGACAUUCACACGGUCGAGCGAAUCUGCUCAGUGGAGCAAUCAGCCGCACCCCACAGUCACCGCGCUGCUGAACGACUACGUGGCGCACGCUGCAAGCCCAUCGGCAUUGCAGUCCCUGUGCUUCCUCGUGCUGCCGCUGCGGGAGAAUGAAGCAGCGCUUGUUGCAAUCUACCCGUCCCAGGAUCAGGUCGCGGCCGAGCUGUGGGUGGACUCGCCGAGCAACGCCUUCCCAGCAAUGAUUCAAAGACACCUCGAGCUGGGCCUGUCGCACAUUUAUAGCAUACGCGCCAAGCGCCGGAGCGACCUGCUCCUGGAAGUCGCGCGAAAACUGCUCGACACGUCCGGCGAGAUUGACGACUUGCUCAAGCGCAUUGUUGCGCAAACGCGCGAGCUCACAGGUGCCGACCGCUGCUCGUUCUUUUUGGUAGACAAGGAACGCAACGAGCUGUACGCCAAAAUCUUUGACCUCAACGCCGAGCCCCAGCCCACCACUGAUCAGGCCGCGCUGCCCGCGUCGCUCAAUCCGCAACCGUCCACCGAAAUUCGCUUCCCCAUCAACCGCGGCAUUGCUGCACACGUCUACCAAACCGGAGAGCUGCUGAAUCUCGAGAACGCAUACAAGAACGAAAUGUUCAACUCGGAUAUCGACGGCGUCACGGGCUUUGUGACGACGUCUUUGCUGACCAUCCCCGUUUUCAACAAUGGGGAAGUCAUUGGCGUCAUCCAAGCCAUGAACAAGGCUCCUCGCUUUACCAAGGCCGAUGAGGCCGACGGUGUUGCGUUCGCCGUGCUGGCGGGCCUCGCCUUGCACCAGUCGCUCAUGAUGGAGGAGCGUGUCAAAGCUGAGCACCACGCCAAAGUGGCGCUCGAGAUUCUGGCCUACCACCGCCAGAUCAAUCCCGAGCAACUCAGUGCGCUGACUUCCGAGCCAACCAUCGAUGUGCAUGCAAAGUUCCCGGGAUUCGCCACGCUCUCCUUUCAGGGCCGCCUUGCAGUGCCUCUUGACCAAACCAUCCGGUGCUGCGUCUUCAUGUUGGAAGAUUUGGAGAUUCUUCAACGCUGGCGCACACCACGCGAGACUGCCAUUAAAUUCCUGCUCACCCUGCAGCUUGGCUAUCGCGAUGUUCCGUACCACAACUGGAUGCACGCGUUCAGUGUGGCGCAGUUCUGCUAUGUAUUAGCUCGGAAAGCGGGACUGCUCGAAGCUGUGGGAUUGGACGAGGUUGCCGCGCUGUUUAUUUCGUGCCUCGGACAUGACGUCGACCAUCGCGGCACGACCAACAACUUCCAAAAACUCGCAGGCUCAUCGCUCGCGACCUUGUACAGCUCAAUGGGGUCGGUGCUCGAGCGACACCACCUUGCACAGACAUUGUACAUUCUGCAAGUCGACGGAUGCAAUCUACUCGCGAAUGUCGAGAGCUCCGAGUACCGCAAAGUGUUGGACCGCAUUCGACGAAACAUUCUCGCGACAGACCUUGCGUCUCACUUUGCGAUUCAAAAGCGCACGGAAGCCAUGCUUGUCCAGCGCGAGACCACGGCUCCAGACCAACUCACCCCGACCGAGAAGAGCAACGCAACACACCUGAUCUGCUGCCUCAUCAUGACUGCUUGCGAUCUUUCUGACGCUGGAAAGCCCUGGGAGUCGGCUUCGCUGGUGGCGGAACUCAUCUACGCAGAGUUUUUCGCCCAAGGAGACCUCGAGCGAGCCCGCGGCGAAAAGCCAAUGGAGAUCAACGACCGCACGACCGCAAACAAGCCCAAGCUCCAGCUUGGCUUUAUCGACCACGUGGCCAUGCCUGCGUUCAAGUUCCUGUCACGAGCGCUCCCUCUGGCAAGCGAGGUCGAGGGCGCUGUGCUGCGAAAUAGGCAACGAUGGCAAGCGUUGCUGGAUGGUUCAAGCACAUGAUCUCCAGUGCGCUGUUGAUGGUUUUGUCUGCUUUGUUUUUUGCUUUUGUUGUGUUGGUUAAGAAAACCAUACGGGUGUGGUUUUCGGAUAUUUGCCUUUUUUUGUUUUUGUUUUUGUGGUUCAUGGACGGGGGAAACGAAAACCGUCCAACAAUAAAUUUCUUUUUGACUGGGCACACAAUUCACACAGCAACGAAUGCAAGUCUCUGCAAGAGAAGCUAAGAGCAUGCAUGCAAAACAAGAAUUAC